AUCAGUCUGACCAGUGCAUCAUGCAGACAGGAGCUCAGCUGCUUCUCUGUCUCAUCCUGCACUAUGUGGAAGCUGCAGAGGCGUCACAGUGCUGGCAGGGUGCGACCUACUCAGAGGCUGUGGUCUCCCCGGCCCUGAGGAGCAGCAAUAUCUUGCGGGUGCCAGACAUGUCAUCUCUUGCGCAGUGUGCCGGGGCGUGUUGUGAUCUGCCUGGAUGUAACCUGGCCUGUCUGUUUGAGCGUCGCUGCUACAUCCUCAGCUGCCAGCAGAGGGAGAACUGUCAGCCCAGACAGAGACCUGGAGCUGAUUCCUAUAUGGCCUUUGUGCAGAGAGGAUCCCCCCAGACCCUGCUGCUCCAGUCUCUGGUGGGGGAGCCCUACCCCAGUCGCUGGAGGCCCCGCCCCUCUGGGGACGUGGAGGCACUGAAUGACCGAGCCCUGUUAGAUGGGCCCCAGAUGGAUUUUGAUGACCCAGGUGGGAUGGGUUUGGAAUACCCUGAGAGUGAACUUGGCCCUGAGAAUAAUGGUGGGGAUCUUCUAGAUUGGCCUGCAGCAUUGGAAGGGAGGGAUGGUUUCAACCUAUCGGAAAGUGAAGGAAGGCUAGUGGGGCUGGGAUUUGCAACAGAAGGGGCUGAAAGCGGUCUGCCCAGUCCUUCCACUGGGGCGACUAUCAACCAGGGGGCUCCCCCCAGUGACCCCACGUCUGGCACUACACCUGAAAACAAGAAAGAUAGUGAACUACAGAACACAUGGCCAGCAUUCACGCCCAAACCACAGAAUGACAGUGUUCACUCCUCCCAACCGAGCCAAAUAAAGACUUCCCAUCCUACUAAAGCCCCAUCUCAUCUGUCCAGUACUGUACCCCUGACCACAUCCACACAGACAGAGCAAACGUUGCCCAAGGACACAGUGGAACUGGCAGCCCCCAUCGGCCCAGAGCCCCAAACUGGUCACAAACACAAUGCGGCGAGAAGGAACCAGACCCCCAAAGCCGUCACCCUCCCAGUAACCCAGGUUGUGUCGCUUUCAACCAUCAUCAACGGCAGCCAGAGUACUGAUGAUGGAGUGAUCAUCAGCCAUCACUGGGAGCAGGUUGGAGGUCCAUCCAUAGAGCUUGGAGCUUUCUCAUACACUUUCAGGUUGACCAUUACAGAUUCUGCCGGGUUGUCAGACUCCACCAUGGCUACAGUGAAAGUCAUUCAGUCAGUGGAGAAUGACCGACUGCCCUACCCCAGCCAUGUCACUCUCACCCCAGCCCUGGCCUUGCUGCUACCCUGGCCCACAGGCAGGAUGACCCUACUGCAGCUACCCCCUCUGCCAGUGCCUGUCACUCAGAAGACAGAGAACAAAAGCACCCCCAUAGCUGAGGUCAAGGUGUCAAACGGAGCCCCUGUGGUUAUAGUGGGUCCUAACAGGCAGCUGACCCUCCCAGUGACCAGCGUUACCCUGGACGGAAGCAGCAGCACUGAUGACCACGCCGUCACCAGCUACCACUGGGACACCAUCAGAGGUCCUCCAGGGUCAAGGACACAGGGUGUGGACAAGCCCAUAGCCAUAGUAACGAGCCUCAGAGCGGGCCGCUAUACAUGUAGUCUGACUGUGAGUGACCAGGAAGGGCUGAAAGACAGUGCCUUGCUCACAGUCAGGGUUCAAGAGGCCAGAAGCCUUCCACCUGUAGCACAUGCCAGCGGCAGCCACACCCUCACCCUGCCCAACAACUCCCUGGUGCUCAGAGGCUCAGUGACGGAUGGUGACCCAGCCACGGUGCACUUCCUCUGGGUCCGGGACAGUCAGAGCCCUGCUGCUAGGGACGUGCUGUAUGGUUCAGAGCUGCAGGCCUCCCUGUACCUGGCCAACUUGGUGGAGGGGACCAAUCUGUUCCAGCUGCGUGUCACAGACACCCAGGGACGCAGCAGCACCGCCACAGCCACCAUGGAAGUGCGGCCAGACCCUGGUGGUCAUGAGGAGGUGGAGGUGGAGAUGUUGGUAGCGCUGGCCCAGGUGAGUGUGUCACAGAAGGACACCGUGCUCAGACAGUUGGCCGCACUGCUCCACGUCCUGGACAAUGGCAUCCACCUAAGGGGCCUAUGGGGACACUCAGAUAUCAGUGAUGACGGGGGGUCGUUUGACCAUGGACCCAUUACGGACGCAGGCAAUGAGGCAGUGAUCGCUGAGAUCCUGAUUGAAGAUGGCAUAGUUGUAUUUAGAGGGCAAGGGAGGCGCACUAAGGUCGGGAAGAAAACCAAGUACACUAUACUGGACAACAUGGACGAACAGGAGAAAAUGGAGCUGAGGCCCAAAUACAGUAAACAUCAAACACAGGAGCACAACUCCAGCCUCAUGAUGUCAGAGCUGGACAGUGACCAGGACACCGUCUUCAGUCGAGACCAACCGGUCCGGAGCAGAAACCAGACCAAUGCUCAGGCUGCCCGCAACGGGAACACCUACGGAUGAGCAGGAACGCACAGAACUGGGCUGGUUAUUGUACAACAUGAGUGAAACCCAUUCUUGGGAUUAUGGCCGGGGUGCACAGCUCGAGUGCCAUAGUGUUUGCUUGUUUUUGGUCUCGUCUUCUAUUCAAAUACUGGUUUCGACCAGAUGUGUACUUUCUAUGACAUUCAUUGGACAACUCAGCACCAGGGAGAUGUGAAAAUCCAAGGGCUGUAGGAUAGUAGAGUCUGGCAUCCCUGGAUUCUGGGAACUAACAGUAGCAUUAACUUUACAUGCACACAGACUGUUUGAAUAAUUUGACACUAAGGAUGAAGGUGCUCUUUGUGAGGAGGUUCUGUGGCCUCACAUACUUCUACAGAUAACCAGAUUGGUGAAUGUACAUACAACUAUCCAUUAUGUAUACUAGUCUACCGACUACUACUGACCUUUAACUUUGCCUUGUUAUCCAAUGUUUUUUUUACUGUCAUUAUUUUGUAGGAAAUGGAGACAAGCCCAACCCUGGUUGUGAGCAUCUGACGCCUCUCCUGUAAAUGUUUUGACAAAUUGGAUUUGUCAAAAUGGCUAGAUGGAAAAGUCUAAAUUCUUAUGUUUAGUACCGAAGUCCAUCUUGUGAUGCUACUCGUGAAUCAUUUAAUCAAACUCAAUUUAUCUGUGAUCUCUAUGAGUGUCUUGGACUUUGACAUAAUACAUCACAGCAUUAUAUUGUAUUUGAACUACUGUUUUGAGUUAGCACACUUGUCCUCCAAACUAGUUAUAUAGUUUUGGUAUCUUUCUCAUUUUAAAGCUUCUUUAUGCUAAAUAAGUAUAAUGGGUCUUAUAAAUGGGCCCGAAGAAACAGAACCAGGCAUUUCAUGGGAUAAGCCAUAAAGGUGCCAAAAUGCACUAUAAGCCUGUGGCUAAGAGACCCUAUUAUAUCCAAGUACUUGGUAAUGCAUCCAUUCUUCCUUCCCUUGGCAAGAUCUAUUACCUAACUUGAACAUGGUGGGUAACAUGCUUUCAAUCAUUAAUUCCUUUGCGUAAUGAUGAAUUUUCCCCCCUCUCAUUCACUGUCAGAAUGUCUGAUUACAUGAGUAUAGUGCUAAAUAAUGACACAGUUUAAGGAUUAAGAAGAGGACAGAUGGAAUUGAUAAUUAACACUACUAUGCAGGACAGGUAGCCAUUGAUGGAAUGGAUCAAAUACUUGACAUUAAAGCAACAUAAGCAUGUCCAAUGGUUGCUUUACAGUUUUCUUCCCGUAAGGGACUGGGGAGAUAUUUCCCCAAUAUGGACAGAAACGCUAACAGCCAUGUUAUAUUCAUGGCUUUUUCCCAUUA